CUUUUUCCUUUAUUUUUUAUUACAAUUCCCUUUUAUGAUUUGAAUGGUAAAUUCUUGAAUUUUCUGAUAUUCAUAUUCCAGUUAAUAUAACAUUGAAGAGAAUGGCUCUAGCAUUGUGUCUAUUAAUUUAGUUUAUUUUUCAUUUUUUUUGUGAUAUUUAUUUUUUUGAAUUUGUGUUUUGUUGGUGGAUUUUAAAAGUAAAUGAAAACAUAAAGUCUUUUUAAUUGAAUUUGGACUGUUAAAGAUGGGUGUUUUACCUCUUAGUUUUUGUGUGUGUGGUAUAUUGGGCCUUGAAGUUCAUCGACAAUGAACUUUACUUACAUUCUGAUCAUUUGAUAAUAUUUCCACAGUUUUUACUUCUAAAAUUUAUCCAUUAAGAUUUGCCCUUACAUGCUUUCACACAAGAUUAGUGACUAGCUCAAAAAAUUUUGGAGGGCAAGAAAUAGUGUAAGAGCCUUCUCUUUGUCAUAGAUGGCUCAGUUUUAUAUGUUUGCUUAUUGUUUCUUAAUGCUUAUCCAAAUGACGUUUGGUAUUUUCACUUUAUUGUUAUAAAGAGAUAUCAUCUGUAAUUCCAACUUGUUUUGUGAGUGCUGGCCUCUCUUCUAUGAAUAAUUAUUUUCCUCCAUUAUUCAAUAUUCAUCAUCAUUAUUUAAGCCUUGUCCCAACUAUAUGGGUCAGUUACAUAAGUCCUGUUUUGCCGUUCCAUAUUUAAUUCCAUAUCCAUUGUUAAAUUAUGAGCCCUCAAACAAUAUAAUUCUUUUCCCAUCUGAAAUUUCUCUCUAGUUUUGCUUUCAUGCUGAUGAUUGGUGAAUGGGUUCUUUGAUAUAGGAGCUUCAUAUAUGGUUAAAUAUACAUUAGUUGCACAAAAUUUAUAUGUUUUCUUAUAUGCAAUUUUCUUCGGUGCAAAUUUCACUAGUUUAAAUGCAUGAGUGCAAAUGGGCUGAGUGUAAAUUCUGGUUUGAUUUUGCUUCAGGUUUAACCUUUGUCUUGUUUAUCUGUAAAAAGUAAAAUAGAAAGUAAAAUGGUGUGGUUUCAUCCAAUAGAAUGGAAGUAGGAGGAUUGUUUCCUUGGGAGUGAGGUAGGAAGCAAUAUAUGUUGUCCCUACUUAUAUGAGAGAAUUAAGGUAUGAAGAAGAUAGUACAAAUUUUGCAUCGGUUUUUGAGAUGCAAAUUUUACACCCUUAAUGAGUGCAAUUGAAACAAAAGUAUAAACAAAAGUAUCAGAUAGGGAUGUAAAUCAUGGUUAUUAUAAACAAACAGACAUACAAAACUGAACUGGAUGCAAUAUUUGCAUCUGGUUCAGAUUUGCACUGCAACCCAAGGCAGCCUUACUCUUGAGAAGCUCUUUUAACUUGUCAAAGUAAUUUGCUUCUAAACCGUAUCGGUUUUACAUAAUGCUUGCAUGUGUGGUGGAAUCACUCUGUCUCAAUGCUAUUUCAUGGCUCGUAUUGUUACUUGUUAGGUAUCAAAUUGUUUCAGCUGAUGGUGUCAAUGAGUACUAAUCCACACAAAUUGAUACUCACCAAUACAAUUAAAAACCCAUGUUUGGCCUAAGCUUGGUGCAGAGGUCCACAACUGCAAAGUGACCUAGGAUCUUUCAUUAUCCUUUUAGGUUGUCUUUGGUUUGAAGGAAAAGGUAGGGAAAGAUAGAGAAAACAACCUAUACAAGGUUGUGUUGGUUUGAAGGGAGAGGUAGGGAAAUGUUAUGCAUGUAUGAAGGUUUAACAGAUUUACAUGUAUGAAGGUUUAACAGAUUUACAUGUAUGAAGGUUUGAAAUGCAUGAAUAUGAAAAAUGAUGUUUUUUCCUUACAAGUAGAAUUACCGGUUUUUUCCAAUAAAUUGGAUACAACUAAAAAUAAAAAAGUUAUUUAUUUUUGGGGAUUUUACCGUUCAGUCCACCCCUAAGGUGGAGCUACUAGUAGACUAGGGGUGGACUGAAUCCUGCCCGUAGAUUGAUGCCAAAUUUACGGGCAGGAUGUAGUUUAAAGGGGGGGCUAUUAGUAGACUAGGAGGGAUCUGCAAAUUAGAUUUCUGAGGGGGAUUGUAGUCUAAAAAUCCCUUUAUUUUUUCUCUUAUAUUUUGCACGAUUUUAAUUAAUGGUAGAAAAGAACCAUGUGAUGGAUCUAUUAGACCUGUUUGGUUUAUUUGGAGAUUGACUGGUGAGCAUUAAAACUUUGUUACAGGUUAGCUGUCAAUUGUUUGGUUUGGAGAACUUAGUUAUGAGCCUUGCAAUUAGACCUGUUCAUGGGCAGUCCAUUGUGCUUGGCUUUACACUGAUUCAGGUUUAUUCAAAUUUGGGCAAAACCUAAACCCGAUCCCAGCCCAUGAACAGGUCUACUUGCAAUCAGUCAUAAGAGGUUUUAUGCACCAAGUAGGAUUAGGUAAUUCCCCCAACUUACUCUUCAACUCUAAGUAUAAAAUCUCAUAUAUUUUCAAAGGCACCCAGGGAUGUAAUCAUUUAAUUUUUUCAGAUUUGGGAUUUAGCUAUUUGUGUAGAUGUCCAGCAUAUGCAAAAUUGGAAAGUAUAGCAAUCUUAAGGCUGCCAAUUCUGCAUUUUUGUUCAAAUUUGAAAUUUCAGAGGUAGAAAAUAAUCUUUGGAGGUGUUGGUUAAUGUGAAAUGGUGCUUGAUGCCGACAUUCUGAUAUCCUAUCAAACUGGUUAAUUGUUGUCCUGGUUUAUCAUUGUUACGUAGAAAUUACACCCAUCUCAUCUUUGCUACCUAACAGUUGGAGUCGGUGAAAACCAUUUAUACUAUUAGAUCAUUGUCAAUGAAUAAUGAACCAAAAUUUCAGAAUAAUAUAUUUAGCAAAUAGCAGAGUUGUUGGUAAAUAAAACUCAUGAGAUCUAAUAAAAAUCCUUGAGGUGGACUGAACUCUAAAUUUCCGUUUUUUUAUUGCUGUAUAAAAUUCAAGAACCCUUGAGACUUAUUUGGGCACAUCACAUUUUAAAUGCAUAUUCCUUGUGAAAAACCAAAAAACCAUUGUAAAUAAUAGCAAUCAUAAUAUAUACUUUUUGUAACUAAGAAAUUCUCAUAAUAUGUAUGGGUGUCUUUUUCUUUCAAACAUGUAGCUGCAGGGACUAGAAACCUAUUCAGAAGUAAUCAUGUUAAAGGGUGUUCUUCAAUGUAACUUCUUUUCUUGUUGUGUGGUUCAAAUUAAAACUAUCUAGUUUGAAAAAAAAAUGUUUGUUAAAACAUGUUUUUCUUGUUGUGAGUUUCUUAAAACAAAACAUGGAAAAACAUGUUUUUGGUUGUAAACAUGUUCUUUUAUUACUGAAACCACAAACGGGUUCUGAAAUUUCUGGUUCUAAUAGCAUGUUUUUGUUUUAAAUCAUACAAUAUAUCUCACCAACUUUCAUAAAUUACAUACCAUCUGUACUCUAAGUCUAACAUUUGAUUUUGUUUUAAAAAUCAUCAUUUUGAUGGUUUUAAAAACAUGAAUUGUUUUUUACAAAACCAACUUAUUUUUGCUUCUUAAAACAAAAACACAAUUUGAGAACAUGUUCUUUUUGCUGACAUGGCAAUUUUAACACCCACUAAUUGUUGAAAACAGUAGGGACUUUUAAAAGGGUUUCAUGAUCUGUUUUACACAUCUUGCUUGCAGCAGACAGAGUUCCCCAAAUCACUUCCUUGAUCUUUUAUCAUAAAUUAGAUUUUAAAAUUUUCAAAUCAUUUACGGAACUAUAUAUACCUAUUUUAUUUGGGGACCCACUAUCCACUAUCCAUGUGACAAGUAUUGAAAUUUCUAGACUCCAUUUUUUAUCUGAUUUAGGAUAUUAUAUUAAAGUUUGAUUUAUAAUUAAAGAAUAGACUUUGUCUGAAAAAAAUGAGACCCACAUCAAUUGUUUGAGUUCAAAUUCCCUCCUGACAACUAAAAAAGUGAUGAAGAUAGCACCUUUUCAUAUAAAUCCAAAUGAAAACAUGAGAAUUGUCGCUAUAGAUCCAGCAAAAAAAAAAGUGAUGAAGAUAGCAUCUGUUUUUUUCCUUCAUGCUAAUUUUUUUUCUUAGAGACAAGCUAAUGAUCACUUGUGUUUUCUGGCCUUUUAAACAAGUCAGGCGGUUAAAUAAUAACAGUCUUUUUGGAUCCUGCCCUGAGUCUCUGUCCAAUGUGGAAGGUCUCACCCUUGUUGAACUCUGACUGUUGGGACCUUUCCUAUAACAAUUUAAGUGGUUCCUUGCCAAAAGUAUCCGCCAGAACUUUCAAAGCCACUUUCAUUUCCACCAGAUGCUCUAAGAGCUCAAUCAGAAUCUGGAGGAGCAAAAUGCCACCAUGUGGCUAUUGCAUUUGGGGAAGCACCGGGUCAGUUUCUCUUAUCAUCAUUGCUGUUGGGUUUCUUCUCUGGUGGCAGCACGGACACAACCAGCAGAUUUUCUUUGAUGUUAAUGACCAAUAUGAUCCAGAGGUUUGUUUGGGCCACUUGAAGAGGUACUCGUUUAAGGAACUCCGAUCAGCAACUGACCAUUUUAACUCAAAGAACAUUCUCGGAAGGGGUGGCUCUGGAAUUGUUUACAAGGGUUGCUUGCAAGAUGGGACUCUUGUGGCAGUCAAAAGAUUGAAAGACUACAAUACAGUUGGUGGUGAAGUCCAAUUCCAAACAGAAAUUGAGAUGAUAAGCCUGGCAGUGUUGCUUCUCGAUUAAAAGACCUCCUUGGAUAAAAAAGCAGUCUCUCAUUUAAGAAAAGGUCCCAACUAAAUGGAGUGUGUUAUACACACCUCCAAUCAGCAACAACACCUUUCGAAGAACCGGUUCCAGUCUUCUUCGGCAGCAAGAGGUUAUGAAUGUUGGGCAUCACACCACCAUUUGCGAUCGUAACGACACCCAGCAACUUGCUUAGUUCUUCAUCGUUUCUCAUCGCCAACUGAAUAUGCCUCUGCACUAUCCUUGUCUUCUUAUUAUCCCUUGUUGCGUUUCCAGUCAAUUCUAAAACCUGUUUUCAAGAAUUAUUAGUAUAAUCUAUUCAAUUCAAUUCUUCAAAUAGGUGUAUCAAUUGGUAUAAUUUUAUAUAUACUUUCAUACAGGUUUUAUGUUUUGAUUGAAUAUAUUUUCA